CCGUCUUCCCGGCGCAUGCUGGGAAACAGCACUCACUUCUCUCCGUCAUGGCGGCCCGUGUCCUGCAGCAGUGCGUCCGAUCCCUCGCUCGGCCCUCGCUCCGGCUCCUGCCGGCUCAGGUGGCACCCAGAGCCGUAGCUCCGGCAGCAGCGGCGCUCCGGCCUCUCUCCUCCGCCGCAGACAGCCGCAGGACGCGGUGGCUGACGCGGAGCCCGGUCUGUCCCGGAGUUUCCUGCCGGCUGUACGGACACCUCCCUCCCCUCACUCUGGAGUCCAUCAAAGAGCGAGUCAUGUAUGUGCUGAAGCUGUACGACAAGAUCAACCCAGAGGUGCUGCAGGCCUCCUCCCACUUCAUGAAGGACCUGGGUCUGGACAGUCUGGACCAGGUGGAGAUCAUUAUGGCCAUGGAGGACGAGUUUGGGUUCGAGAUUCCUGACGCAGAAGCAGAGAAGCUGAUGACUCCCGAGGAGAUUGUACAAUACAUCGCAGACAAAAAGGACGUGUAUGAGUGAGCGAGGUGAGUGUCGCUCCGCCCGCGGCGCCACUCCUGCCGCCCCACCGCCACCGAGUGUCUCCGCCCACAGCGAAAGAACCAAGAUGGACGCCAGAUCCCCCCCUGUUGAGACGGCGACUUCAGUUUCCUGUUUGUAUUUAAAUAUGUUCGGAGAUAAAACAUUAAAUGAUGUAUUACAGCUGGCUUCCCCUGCAGCGCACCCAUGUGUCAUCUCUCACAAAUAGAAAAAUAAAGAGACUCGUAUGUCUGUCUGGUUCAUACUGCUGUGAACCUAGAUUUGGAAAGAGACAAGGACUGGGAUGGAGUCGGCCGUGAAGGAGGCAGACAUUCGUGCUUCUGUAGGUGUCGUCUCUCCAAACCUUUGCAGUGAUCAGGACUAGACUAGGACUUUUUCUUUUUUAAGCACUUUUCUACUGAAAAUUAAAUUCACAUCAGUCAUCUUCAGUUAAAGUGACAUCGACAUGAUAGGACUGCAGCAACCAGUUAGUUUUCCAUCAAAUAGUCAGUGACUUGAGGGAAGAAAAGUCUAGGGAUCCAGUGAGUGCACUGUGAGGCAGCUAAAAAACAGUCACUUGACUGUGAUCAACUACUUCACCCCUAUUGAACUGUGAACAUGACAGUUACUUGACACAACAAAAACAAACUUUGUCGAGUGGAC